AUGCCAGGCCUGCCUCCCGUGUCCACGGGGCUGCUACUGCCGCUCACCCCCAACAUGUGGGCGUCCAUCCGCCGCCGCAACCCCAACUUCCGCCACGCCAGCGUUGGCUUCGUGCCCCCUGCCGCCAGCAACGGCAGUGGCGAGGGUGCGGCCCCGCGGUGGACGUACCUUGACCGCGUUGACUGGCAGCAGCGCCGCAUGGUGCGCCCCGUGCAGAACCAGGCCUCCUGCGCGGCGUGUUGGGCGAUGGCAGCAGUAGCAGCAGUGGAAUCUCUCUACGCCAUCGCCACCAACGCGCCUCCCCCGGCCAUCUCCACCCAACGCCUCCUCGAGUGCGCGCCCAACACCCUCCGCACCCCCGCGGCUAACGGGGCUGGGAGCGGGAGCAACGACACGGGAGGCGGGGGAGCGUGGCAGGAUGGGUGCGAGGGGGGGUGGUCUGCAGAGGCCCUUGACUUCAUGGCCUUCACUCCCCUCCCCUCUGCUGCUGCCGUGCCUUUCAUCGGAGCGCGGGGAACCAAGAACGCCUCUCGGGCUUCCCUCUGCCUACAGCAGCAGCAGCAGGCGCCGCCGCUGGUGUAUGCUGAUAACUCCGUGCCGUUCACACGCCGUACCCCUUAUGAGGGCCCCUUUAGCAUCACAAUGUUCGAGGAGACUGGGUUGGAGGGGUACCUGGGGAUGAUCCUGGCGCUGCAGCGACAGCCCGUGGUGGCUGCUCUAGAGGCGGACCAGCCUUCGUUUAUUCAGUACGAUGGGUCUUUCGUCUACUCGGACCCCUCCUGUUUCCUCAACGGCCUCGUGGACCACUCUGUACUCGUUAUAGGCUACGACCUCACCGACCCCACACCGCACUGGAUCGUUCUCAACAGCUGGGGUUCCUGGUGGGGCCGCUGGGGCGUCAUGCGCCUGGCCAUGGCAGGGGGGGACGGCAUCUGCGGAAUCCACUCCAUGCCGGCUCUCUAUCCGGUCAUUACCACCCCCGAUCCGUGCUUUCCCAUCAACCCCUGUGGCGGGGGCAAGUGUGCUGCGGACCCGGGGACUGGGAGGAACACGUGCGAGUGCCCGGAGGGGUUCCGGGUGACAGUUAACAUCGAUGGGUCACAGUCGUGUGCGCUGGCGCGGCGCUGUGGAUUCUCCAUGGUGAAUCCGUGUGACACGGGCACGUGCAUCGACAGCACCACCAGCCCGGGCGGCUACACCUGUCUCUGCCCGCCGCCCACCCAGCGCACCAACAACACGGACGGCACACAGACCUGCGUCGUGCCCCCCCCACCCGCCCCUGUCAACUACUGGGACACCCCUGGCGCUGGUGGUGGUGGCGGCAGCAGCAGCAGCAGCAGCAGCAGCAGCAGCAGCAGCAGCAGCAGCAGCAGCAGCAGCAGCAGCAGCAGCAGUGGGGCCAGUGCAGGGGUGCGGCGAGUGAGAGUGGUGGAGGGGAUGACGUGUGGCAUGCUGGCGCUCACCUUCCGCAUCACAGUGGAACAGCUGCAGCAGACCAACCCUGGCAUGGACUGCAGCAAGCUGGAGGUGGGAGCCACCGUGACAGUCAACACCACAGCAGCAGCCACUGUCUGCUCGCUCUCCUAUGCUGCCUCGCUGGGGGACACGUGUGCUUCGAUAGUGGACCUCUUCAAUACAAGCACAGCGGCUCUCCUCGCCCUCAACCCCCAGCUCGACUGCACCGUGCCCUUCUCCUCCACCCAAUCGAUCUGUGUGGCGGCAGCAUCAACCCCUCUCCCCCGCCGCUGUGCGCGCUGGUACACCCCUCAGCAGGGCGACACGUGCCCCUCAAUCAUGCGAUCCGUGGCCUCUCCCCCCCUCUCGCCCGCACACUUCAUCGCUCUCAACCCCGGCCUCUCCUGCUCGCUCCUGGAGCAACCCAAUGCUACCACGGACACCGGAGUCCAGGUCUGUGUGAAGGCGGCUCCCAAUUGGACGGGAGCGAAUAUCCUUGCCGACCCCUCGCGCAUGGCCCUCCAGCAGCACGACAUCGUCGCGUCAGCAUCGCGAAACACCCGCUCGAGCCAUAUCCUCCAGAUCGCGUCCUCCUCGUUCCGUCGCGAGGCCGCGCGCACCUUCGAGACGAUCGACCUGGACAAGGACGGCAAAAUCUCUGCCCUCGAGCUCGCGACUCUCCUAGCCCGCCUGGAUAGUAGUAAUACUUCUGCUGAGACGCAGCCUGGACGGCGCGGUAUUCCGGCGCUCGAGGCGGGAGGCGAUUUGAUUGGCUUCGCGGAGGAUGUGAUUCGAGAAGCUGACGUGGAUGGCGACGGGAUGAUUGAUUUCGAGGAAUUUUUGCUCUCGACGCGCGCAGAGCCGUCCGUUGUCUCCGUUCCAUCGUCCGAUGAUGAGGGGGAAGAUGAAUCGGACGGUGGGAGUAAAUCAAGGAAGGACGUGAUUGAAGAUGAUUUGUUCCGCGCGUUUGAAAUCUUUGACCUUGACAGGGAUGGUGUGAUAAGUGCGGAGGAGCUGCGAUACGUGAUUGGUGUUCUUAGCGGGGAUGAUUUGACGACGGAAGACUGCGAACGUAUGAUAAAGCGGGUGGACGCUAACGAGGAUGGAUACGUGGAUUACAACGAGUUCAGGAAGAUGAUGGCUGGAAGUUUUUAUUGA